AUGCUGGCCACGCGCCACACCCUCCGCCUCCUCCCCCGCCCCCAAUUACUGACGCCCGUACUUGGACGCACCUUCGCUACUACCUACCCCCGGCUACAAAAGCCCACCACCAAAGACAGCGAAUCCGCGCGCGAAGACUACGUCCGCAGCGUGCGCACCCAAUGGGGCAGCAGCCUGCCCGAGAACCUCCUCACGGACCGCGAACUCGCCCUCUACGAGCGCCACUACGGCAAGCCCGUGCGCAUGCUCAAGGCCGGCGAGGAGCUCUUUGGCGACGGCCCCGCCGACACCGAGGGCGGGAGUGGGGGCCUGGAGGCGGGCACGACCACGCUGCAGGGCGUGGAUGGGGAGGAUAUCGUGUUUGAGGAGCUGGAGAUGGAGAUGGAGGAGGGGGUGUUCGAGUCUGUGGAGCGCGCCUUCCGUCACCGCCACCACGACAGCGACAACACAGACCUCGCCGCCUACUCCACGGGCGAAGAAGACGUCCCCGCGGGCGCCAGCGACGGCCACAUCGAGCGCACCCACCCACUGACCUCCAUCGGCCGCUUCGCCACACACCCAUCCACAAUCCGCGUGCCCCCCUCCGUGCAGCAGCAAACAAUGGACUCCCUCUCCAGCGUGCCCAACAAGCACCUCGACGCCGCAGCCACGCGCAUCUUUGGCAGCAGACAGCUGCCCGACUCGCCGGUGUUUACAAACUCGGGCGGAAAGACGCUGACAAAGGUGCUGCUGGACGUCGAGGAUGCGCGCAUGAGCGAUAUCGAGGCCGAGGUGUGGCUCGCCACGGUGCUGCCCGGGUAUUAUAGCCAGAGCUUGAGCGCGAUGACGGAGCUGCGGAGACGCCUGGGCGGGGACUGGGCGCUCAGAGUGCGGAAUGUGCUGGAUGUGGGCUCUGGCGGGGCUGCGGUGCUGGCGUGGCGGAGCGUUGUAGAGGCGGAGCAGGCGCUCCGGCGCGACGAGGCGCGGGCGCGGGCGGGCGCAGAGGAGUCGACGCUGCCGCCGCCAGAGGCGGACCUGAGCGGUAUCAAAGCGACGGUGGUGACAGCGGCGGAGCCACUACGCUACCGCAUGGCCAAGCAGCUCAGCGACACGACGUUCAUCCCGCGCAUGCCCGACCGCAACCCGGACAACGUCUUCCGCAGCCCUUCGUUCGGCGCUGGCGGCGCCACGCUCGAGCCGAACCAGAAGCAGGUGCGCAAGACAUACGACCUCAUCGUCGCAACGCACAACAUGCUCCCGCUGCGCGAGACGCACCACCGCCGCGACCGCAUCAGGAAGCUGUGGUCGCACGUCAACCCGUCCGGCGGCGUGCUGCUGCUCAUCGAGAAGGGCACGCCGCUGGGCUUCGAGGCCAUCGCGGGCGCGCGCGCAGCCCUGCUGCGAAACUACAUCGCCUCCCCGGACUCCACGCACCGCGCGGUGGGCGGCAACAGCGCGGUGGAGGCCGGCCUGGACCCCGUCGAGAAAGAGGCCGGCGCGAUCGUCGCGCCGUGCACGAACCACAAGGAGUGUCCGCUGUUCCCGCACGGCUACACGGACGGCGUGGGGCGCAAGGACUGGUGCCAUUUCGUGCAGCGCUAUGAGCGCCCGACGUAUCUGCAGCGCGUCAUGGGCGCGAAUGCGCGCAACCACGACGACAUUCUGUAUUCGUUUGUCGCCGUGCGGCGCGGGGUGGACUAUCGCCGCGCCGGAAACCCCGUGAUUGAGCCCGACCCCGAGGAGUUCCGGCACCCCCCCGAGGGGGCGGGGGCGGGGGCGGGGGCGGGGUGGGCGCCGCCGACGCAGAGCCCGUAUAGUAUGGACCAGCUGCGGCGGUACGCGUUUACGCUCCCGCGCACGCUGUUCCCGCCGAUCAAGCGGCACGGCCACGUCACGCUCGACGUGUGCACGCCGUCGGGCACGCUCGAGCGGUGGACGGUGCCCAAGUCGUUUUCCAAGACUGCGUUCCGGGACGCGCGCAAGAGCCGGGCGCCGGCGGGGAAGGUUGCGAAGCUGAUCCGCGUGCCCGAUGGGGAGGGGGGCGUGGAGGAGCGGGUGUCGUAUAAGCGGGUGAAUGGGGCGGUGAAGCAUUGGUCGCGCGGCAAUGCGGAGCUGGGGGAGAAGGUGAGGAGGAGGAGGGAUAUUAGGAGGGGGAUUAGGUGGAGGGCGAGGGAGAAGGAGAUGGGUGCGGAGGAGUAUUAG